AUUUACCUUUCGCCUUCCCCGUCUUGAGAGAGAGAGAGAGAAAGAGAAAGAGAAAGAGAGAGAGAAAGAUUCAACCUUUUCAGACUCCCCUUUCACAACUUCCUUCGCACACGCAAACACUGCAACGAGAAGCCAAAUGACUCCCUUCCUGCUAUCUGUUUUUCUCAACAAUUUCUCCCUCGCUCUCUUCCUCCUCGGUUGAGAGUCUAACAACCCCCUCCUUACACAAUGCCCGCCAUCCUCUUCCUCCUCCUCUUCCUCUCCGCGCCUCGACAUUCCUUCGCCGCCCCCAUUGUUGGCCGCAGAAUCCUCCAUCAGCCUUUGCUUCCUCUCAAUUCUCUCCCUCCUUCUCAACCUCCCUCCCCAUCUCCCCCUACUCCCAAAUACCCGUUUUCCAAUACCACUCCUAACCAGUCUCCCUUUUUCCCAUCCGAUUCUUCCCCACCUCCUCCUCCCUCCCCAGCCUCCUUUGCCUCCUUUCCUGCCAAUAUCUCCUCUCUCAUUCUCCCUGAAUCUCGUUCUUCCAAACACACUUCUCCAAAACUCGUCGCCGCCGUCGUCGGUGCCGCAGUCUCCGCCGCUAUACUCGUCGGUAUUGCUGUCUUCUUCUAUCGCCGGCGCUUGAAUCGCCGUGGCUUCGCCGACGACAAGACUUUCACGUCGGAUAAUAGUAUCAGGUUGUUCCCUGCCAAUGCGAGGGGCACGAAUGGAAUCCUCAAUGUCACCGCCGGUAAUUCUGAGUUUCUGUACCUGGGCACGUUGGUCGACUCGCGGGUAAUCGAUGAACGCACCGUCAACGCUAACGGUAGUAAUGGGGGUGGUGGUUUAGUUACUCGAAAGCCGGAUUCGCCGGAGCUUCACCCGCUCCCCCCCCUUACUAGGCAGAGCUCUCUUAUUGUUGACGAUGACGGGGAUGAAGAGGAGUUUUACUCCCCUAGAGGGUCUUUGGGUGGCACCGGAUCCAGCUCCCUCAGAGUGUUUGUGGCCGAGAAGAAAAAAUGCAGCGAGACCAGUUCCUCUUCGUAUUCGUCUUCGAGUUCAGGUUCGCCUGCUCGGUCUCACUCGAUUAGCCUCUCUCCGCCGGUUAGUUUGAGCCCCAGAAGAUCGCAACCCAAAACUCCACCACAAGCACGAAAUGCAUCUCCAAGACUCUCGAACGUUGUCGUCUCUCGUGAAAAUGUGGCGUCUUCGUCUUCUGCAUCCUCAACCCCAGAGAGAGGUUCGGACAUAAACCUAGAUGCUUCUUUAAGAUCAUGGAAUCAAAAUCUGGAGUCUUCUCCGUUGCCGUCAGAGAAGAACCCGUUUGGGUCUCCAAGAAUAUCAAAUGUCUCAGAUCAAAUGUCUCCUCCGCCUUCCAAAGUCCCAAAUUUGUCUUCAUCACCCAAUGCUUCGGAUCGAAAUCUUCGGCAAUCAUCCACUCCUUCACUAACUUCUUCAUCGCCGUCUCCGCCGGCUUCUCCGGAGCGUAAUUCGGAGGAUAAUACAUCAACAAGAUCUAGUGUUGAGCAGUCUCCAGGGAGAGCUAUCAGUGCUCCAUCACUGAUGCAUUGUAUUCCACCCCCUCCACCAGCUCCCCCGAGGCCACCAGCUCCGAUGCCUAUGCUCAGACACUGGAAAACUACAGAUUCUUCAACACCCAUUGCUCAGUCCAAGCCCAUCUCUGUGCCGCCUGCACUCAUACCUCCUUCGAGGCCUUUUGUAUUGCAAAUCCCAGCAGAGGUUUCUCCAAUUGAAUUGCCACUCAAUUCAACAUCCACAGAAAAGAGCGACGAGACUCCAAAGCCCAAGUUAAAGCCGUUACAUUGGGAUAAAGUUAGAGCCAGCUCUGACCGUGAAAUGGUGUGGGAUCACCUCAGAUCUAGCUCUUUUAAAUUGAAUGAGGAAAUGAUAGAGACAUUGUUUGUUGUGAACACACCGAAUUCGAAACUUAAAGAAACAACUCCACGCCCGGUUCUCCCCUCGCCAAAUCAAGAAAAUAGAGUGCUUGAUCCCAAAAAGGCGCAGAAUAUUGCAAUUUCGCUAAGGGCCCUUAAUGUGACCACAGAGGAAGUCUGCGAUGCCCUUUUAGAAGGUAAUGCAGAUGCACUUGGUACCGAAUUACUUGAAAGUUUAUUGAAGAUGGCUCCAACCAAAGAAGAAGAACGUAAACUGAAGGAGUGCAAAGAUGAUUCACCAAUCAAGCUUGGUCCAGCUGAGAAAUUUCUGAAGGCACUGCUUGAUAUACCUUUAGCAUUCAAAAGGGUGGAUGCAAUGCUUUACAUAGCUAAUUUUGAGUCCGAGGUUGAGUACCUUAAAAAAUCUUUUGAAACUCUAGAGGCUGCCUGUGAAGAACUGAGAAGCAGCAGGAUGUUUUUAAAGCUUCUAGAUGCUGUGUUAAAGACUGGGAACCGCAUGAACGUUGGGACAAACCGUGGUGAUGCCCAUGCCUUCAAGCUUGAUACACUUCUCAAGCUUGUUGAUGUCAAGGGGGCAGAUGGAAAAACCACUCUGUUGCAUUUUGUUGUACAAGAAAUUAUAAGAACGGAAGGUGCUCGACUCUCAGGUACCAACCAAACUCCAAAGUCUACUUCGAGUGAAGAUGCCAAGUGUAGGAAGCUUGGCCUUCAGAUUGUUUCUGGUCUUAGUUCAGAGCUCAGCAACGUGAAGAAAGCUGCUGCAAUGGACUCUGAUGUGCUUAGCAGUGAAGUCUCCAAACUUUCUAGUGGGAUUGGGAACAUCGGUGAGGUUGUGCGAUUAAUUGAAACAAUUGGAUUGAAUGAAAGCAGCCAGAAAUUUUCAGAAUCAAUGAAUGAGUUCACAAAAAUGGCCGAGGAGGAGAUAAUAAGAAUUCAAGCCCAAGAAAGUGUUGUUCUUACUCUAGUGAAGGAGAUAACUGAAUACUUCCAUGGAAACUCAGCUAAGGAAGAAGCUCACCCUUUCAGAAUCUUCAUGGUGGUGAGGGACUUUCUUACUAUUCUUGACCGGGUCUGCAAGGAAGUCGGCACGAUAAAUGAGCGAACAACAGUUAGUUCUGCCCAUAAAUUUCCUGUUCCAGUGAACCCAAUGCUGCCACAAGUUAUUCCUACAAGGCAGCAUAACACUUCCUCUGAUGAUGAGAGUGCAUCUCCCAAGUUUCAUGGCUCAUUGCUGGGUGACCUUUGACUGCAUCUAGCUACUCUGCUUAGAAUAGCUACUGGUUCGGCCAUUUUGUAGUUUUAUAUAUUUGUUUUUCAUUAAUCUGUGUAAAUCCAUGUAAAGGAUUUUGAGUUCAUCCUAUAGAUAACAUACAAAGAUAAUUUUUUUUUUUCCUUCUUUUCACGUAGAAUAAGUCAGUAUGUUGAAAUUUUGGGAUAUGUAUUGUAAUCAGUUGAACCUAUGUGGAUUAUAAGUGGUAAAAUGAUGUUCAAUAUAAAAGAUUGGCUGGCUCUUAUGGUUUCAGGUA